UACGUCGACUGCCUGGUAAACAUGGCGGAAGUUCAGAGACGUCAACGUAGGGAGGAAGAAAGGCACCGCGCACGGAAAGAAGCAAUGUGAGCAGAGGAAUGAAGCAACGGCGGGGAUGGCGGACCAAAAACUAACAGUACUCUUGAAGCUUUUAGCCGCAGGCUUUUACGGAAUAAGCUCUUUCCUUAUAGUUGUGGUGAAUAAGAGCGUCCUGACCAAUUACAGGUUCCCCUCUUCAAUAUGUGUUGGCAUUGGUCAGAUGCUGGCAACAGUUGUUGUUUUACGGGUGGGAAAGGCCCUCCGGGUGAUCAGCUUCCCUGAGUUUGAUGGUAGCAUACCUAGAAAGACAUUUCCGCUACCUUUUCUGUAUGUCGGGAAUCAAAUAACGGGACUCUUUGGAACAAAAAGGCUUAACCUGCCAAUGUUUACAGUAUUGAGGAGGUUUUCUAUUCUCUUUACUAUGCUUGCAGAGGGUUUCUUGUUAAAAAAGAAAUUCUCCCGGCCAAUUCAGCUAACAGUAUUUACAAUGAUUCUAGGGGCCUUUGUAGCUGCAAGUGCUGAUCUGGCCUUUGACCUGCAAGGGUACGUGUUCAUUUUAAUGAACGAUGUCUUAACUGCUGCCAAUGGGGCUUUUGUGAAACAGAAACUUGACUCUAAGGAGCUGGGAAAGUAUGGUCUGCUCUAUUACAAUGCUUUAUUUAUGAUUCUUCCAACUCUGCUUUUGGCACAUGUCACAGGAGAUAUGGAUAAGGCUUUUGAUUAUGAAGGUUGGUCAGACAUGCUUUUUAUAGUUCAAUUCAUCCUCUCUUGUAUAAUGGGGUUUGUUUUAAUGUACUCCACAGUGCUUUGCACUCAGUAUAACUCUGCGCUAACUACUACCAUCGUUGGAUGCCUAAAAAAUAUAUUAGUGACGUAUAUUGGAAUGGUGUUUGGAGGGGAUUACAUUUUCUCAUGGACUAACUUCAUUGGUCUAAACAUCAGUAUUGCUGGCAGUCUGGUGUACUCCUACAUUACCUUCACAGAGGAGCAGACCACUAAACAGAGUGACAAUGCCAACAAACUGGAGGUCAAAGGGAAAGUGGCUGUAUGACAACCAGUGUUUGGACACUGUUGUUAUGCACGGAGCUGUGACUGUGGGUUUUUGCAUUUGUUGCAAGAACAAGUAGUCAGUGAGUUCACUCCGGGGAUGUCUGUUGGUGUCAUGAAGAAGAUAUUGACUGUAAAAGGUACUGCAGGCACAGACAGGAUGUUGUCUCAAAUGAAAGUUGAGACAAACUUCAAACAUAUAGCUGGAAUUUGUUGUUUCAGAGUGAAACGUUUACAAUAACAUCAGUAAAUAUUUAGCCGUUAAUUGUCUGUGUUAGAAAUGGGACAGUUGUGGCCUGAAAUUAACUGUUUCCCAGGCAUGUUGCACUUUGGCUGCUAUUGCCAUAAAUUGGGAUUGAUGACUGUCAUUAGUUUAAAAAAAAAAAAAAACAGCAGUUAUAUUGCCUGUUAAAGAAUGCUUUACAGAUUCUUUUGUACUAGUCAGUAAGGCUAUUUAUUUUUAUGAGACUUUGGUAGGUUUUAGUAAAAAUGUUACAUUCUUUAUUUUAGUAAUAAAAAGGGAGUUAUUUUUUACAUGUUUAAAUAAUCUUGCACCAGUUCUGGUACCCUGUUGCAAAACAACUUGAACUGUAAAGUUUUAUUUUCAGACUUUACUGGAAUGUUCCUUCAAAGCCUGAAUGAUACAUGGGAACGUGUGUUUGUAAGUGUUUAAAACUAUAAGGUAUGUGUGUGCAAACAAGUUGAUGUUUGAUUUGAAUCUUUUAAAAACAAGCUUUAAAGAGAUAUUGGCUGGGUUUCCCGAUAACGUUGCAACUUAAGCUUUAACGAUCAUCUUAUCUAAUGUUGCUCGUUAUUUUACGAUGGAGUAACGCCUGUUUCCCAAACCAGCAUGUAGAUCGCUCGUUAUAAAGUAGAACUUAAGUGCUUUGUUACAGGAGCUGUCCGGUCCAAAGGUGCUGAUCACUUUGGCAAAUAUGUCCAGAGUUUGUUGUCUCAACAUGAAAAUAAUAUAGAAAUACUGACAAAAUGGAAGUUGUUUGUAACAUUGUCGAGGUGCCUAAAUUUAUUAAUUGUUACAGAACUUAAUUGAAGAAAUAGUGAUGGCUUUAGUGAGAUGGAGUUUCAGAUGUAUUGAUGCUCAAUCAUAGAGAUUAAUGAAAGUGACGCAAUAAAUGCAUGUAACGUGAAUGUAUGCUAUGUGAAUCAUAAGCGACUCUCACGUAGCCUAAAGUUUUGUUCCUUUGGCUGGAAACUGAACAAAUGCACACAGAAUAGGAUUAAAAUUACGGGCAUCAAUAUUGAACUACUCAUAGACUUGUCUAAAUAUUAAUAAAUCAUCUGGUUAGAGUGCGAGGCACUGUGUAGGCUACUUGUAGCCUUACUGCCAUUAUGCAUCAUGCAAUUUGUUACUGCUUUGUAAAAAGACUAUAGGCCAGCCGAUUUGAACCAGCCUUCGGAAAAAGAAAGGAUUAAGAGAGAGGGAAUCUCUCACUGCACACUCUCACUCUAAUCUCCUUUGUUAACCAAAUUGUAAUUUUUUUAUUAGGCAUAUUUAUUUAAGUUUUAAAUUGCAUGGUCACAUUACUCAAGUAUGUCUUCUUAAAUAAUUUGUUCAAUAAGAGCAUAUCAUCUUUCUAUUGCCAUUACAAUUAUGCUUAUCAAAGAAGGCUAAUAUAAGGUACUGUAUUGUCUUGUAAUUUAGACCUAUCGCAUGCGCAGACUGCGGAGACUGCCUAUUGAUUUUAAGCGUUUUUUUUUUUUUGUUUUGUUUUUUUCAACACUUUUUUUUAAUCCUCUGAAAUAGUUUACAAUGAUCAAAAUAUAUUAAUAAAAUGUAUUCAAUGUCCCAUUGUCUUUGAUAAACUGUGAAAGAUGCAAGAAAGAUACAUUUAAGUUGCACUUAAUGGACUUAAGAGCGGUUCAAAGCUCUCGUUAAUUUAUGAACGUUUUUAUCUCUGUAACUACUAAGAUAACGAUGCUUUUGGGAAAUGCGCCUUAGAGAUUAAGUACUACUAAAGUGUUACUAACUUCCUACUUAGUGCUUAGGGAAACCCAGCCCUUUUCUGUUUAAGAGUUAUCAGUGUUACAAAAUGUCCAACAGAUAUUUCACCUGAAAUUCUAAAAACUGCUUAUCUAUUUUUUUUUGUACUUUGGAAUAAGAUGCAGUAACACUUGUUUUGUACUGAUGAAAUCAUGCUUUUUAUUAUUAAGACAAAAGGUGUAGUAAUUGCACUUUAACAGUUUACAGGUUCUCAGUUUUGUCAGAGAUUUAAAAUAAAUAUUUGUCAGUAGAUUUUGCAAGAACAUUGUAAGACAAGAACAUUUCAUUAUUUUUGAUUUGUCUUCGUCAGAUGUGGCUACAUUUGGGAUAUGUCAGAAAAAGAAAUAAGAAGGUCUCCUGCGUUAUGUCUGAUGUUGCUAUUUUUUGACUAAUCAAAACCGGAUGUAUUUUGAGGUUAUUGAAUGAAUGUCUAUUCACAUGCAUAUAAGUCUGAUGUUGAUAUUUUUGACCAAUCCAUUCAGAUAAUAUCACAGGUUUCUCAAUUAUUUCUUUUGCUAUAAAUGUAAAAAAAAAAAAAAUUAUUCUGGGGUUAUUGAUUGAAUGUCUGUUCACAUGCAUCUAUGCUGUUGCUUAGGAAUUUGGUCAUUUAUUUUACUGAUAACAUCAAUUUUUUUUUGGGCACUGACUUUUCAAAGACCUACUGUUGCUGCAAACAUGUUUAAUGCCAUGAGAAUUAAAUUUGCAUUUUUAUUUGUUCUAAUUUUUUCAAAUUUGUAUAUAUAUAUAUAUAAAACACUUCUGUCAAAUUUAACCAUUAUACUUAUGUAAAAAUGUCAGCAAAUGUUCACUGAUUGUAUCAGUAAGAAGCGGGAAGUGUUUAUGAUAUUUAAAAUACCUCAACUCAAAGAUGUUUAUCUUUUUAUUUUAUUAUUUGAUGUUCAUAAAAGAAAGAAAAAAUACAUUUCAUAUUACUUUUGCACAUUACCUGCUACUUCUAUGGUAAUUAAACUUUGUGUUGUUUUUUUCUGCAAUAAAGUUUUAUACACACAAGGAUGUCUGUAUAUUGUAGGAUAGUGCACAUGCUGUGGUUUGCAGUUCAGGUUGUGGUCAUGGUUGCAAAGAUAAACCAAAGAUUGCACUCAGUCAACCCAAAAGGAGGAGAGAGUAUGUAAAUAAUGGUUGAUGUUAAAAACUGAACUUGAGUCUUAUCCUACAUAGCAUAUUCUAUGAAUAUCCGAUUAAUUUUUUUUUUUAAAGCAUUGAAGGUAUAGUUCACCCAUAAAAUUCUCUCAUAAUUUACUCACCCUCAUGUCAUAACUGAUGUGUAUGACUUUCUUCUGCUGAAUGCAAACAAAGAUUUUUUUAGAAGGAUAUCUGUUGUUUCUUUCAAUGCAAGUGAAUGGUGGCCAGAAAUCUGAAGGUCCAAAAAGAAGAUGAAAGUAGCAUUAAAGUAAUCCAUAAGACUCCAGUGGUUAAAUCUAUAGCUUCAAAAGCAGUGUAAUAGGUGUGGGUGUGAAACAUUAAUAUUUAAGUCCUUUAUUUAUUUUUUACUAUACAUCUCCAUGUUCUCUUUCACAUCUGAAAGAAAUUUAGAACCUGUUUAGUUUAAUUUCACAUCAGAAAGUGAACGUGAAGAUUAAUAGUAAGAAAAAGAAAAAAGACUUAAAUAUUGGUCUGUUUCAUACACAUAUCAGAAGAAUUUUCAUUUUUGGGUGAACUAUCCCUUUAAUGAGGCAUGAUUUUUGUAUUGAGAGCUGUUAGAUAUUAGACAAACUAUUUUCUAAUUUAAAAUAAACCUCACAUGAAAAGUAGCUAGGUUUAAACACAUCUAAUGUCUCUAAAGAACAACUAGAAUCAACAUCUCAAUUUUGACAAUCUACUGAAUUGGCAUUUGAUUAAUUGGUUUAGUUUAAUUUAAUUAGUCUAAUUUUACUGCUGUUACCCAUUCUGGCAUAUUUAU